GCUAUUUCAGAAAUAUUUGCAGCAUCAUGGUUUCAGGUUCCUUCACCUUUCAGGAAGUUUCGACCGUUGGACCCGACAGAUUAUGGAAAGCAGGCAUUCUUGAUGCUCACAAUCUUCUUCCAAAGCUCUUGCCUGAUUUCAUUUCGAAGGUUGAGCUGCUUGAAGGUGAUGGUGGAGCUGGCACUGUCAAGAAGUUUCACUUUUCUGAAGCUGUGAAGGAAUUUCGCUUCAUUGUAGACAAAACUGAGGAACUGAACAAUGAGAAGUACAUAUUAAAACAGUCCAUCAUUGAGGGUGGGCUCAUUGGCUUAAGGCUCAAGUCUUACUCCUUUGAAAUGAAGCUUGAUGUUGGGAACAAUGGUGAAAACUUGCAGAAGACCACAGUGUUUUAUGAAACUUUGGAUGAUACUCCUCUCAGUGCAGAAGAGCAAGAACAGAUCAGUGCAAGCUUGUCUAUGAUGACAAAGGCAGUUGAAGCAUAUCUGAUUGCAAAUCCAGCAGCUUAUGCCUAAAAACAUGAUAGUUGUUGUUGAUCUCAAGUAGUCUUGUUUCUGAUGGUUUAUUUGUGGCUUGUUGUACGGGUUAUAUGAGUGAGCUUCCUUCUUUUUCCUUCAGAGAACAAAAGAGUGAUUCUCUUCUAGUAUUUGUCUCUUGUGUUUUCCCUAUGUUUCGAUUUUCUCCACAGGUGUUUGGUUUUGAAUAAAAAUUUGUGUUUAUUUGUGGCU